AUGGAAAACGACAUGAAGAAAGAUACCGCGACUCUAGGAAGAAUCGACUCUCAGUCCCAGACCGACGAUGUCAAUGGCGACGACCUGCGCCUCGCCCAACUCGGGCACACGCAGGAGUUGAAGAGACAAUUCUCGUUGCCGGCACUGGGAGCUCUGUGUCUCUGCCUUAUGGCAACAUGGGAGGCAUUGUCAACAGUCAUUGCGCCAGCCCUAGUUAGCGGAGGCGCACCUUGUUUGUUCUACAAUCUCAUCAUUUCCACUAUUUGCACUAUUUGCAUCGCCUCAUCGCUCGGAGAGAUUGCUUCGAUUUAUCCGACUGCCGGAGGUCAAUACCAUUGGGUCGCCGCACUAUGCCCACCAUCGACUCGAUUCGCGGCCGCAUUCACAACAGGAUGGAUUUCCGUGGGCGGCCAGGUCGUUCUGACCUCCUCGGCCGCCUUCGCAGCCGGUCUCCAGACUCAGGCCCUCAUUAUCCUCAACGAUGAUUCGUAUAUCCCACAAAGGUGGCAGGGCAUGCUAUUCUACUGGGCGAUCUUGGUAUACGGCAUGGUUAUGAACAUCUGGGGUCACAGACUCCUUCCCACCGCCAAUCUUUUGUCGGGUGUCAUGGCCCCCAAGAACUCAGCCUCGUUCGUCUUCACGGAAUUCGUCAACUCCAGUGGCUGGGAGAGCGACGGCGUCUCAUGGCUUGUCGGACUCAUCAGCGCCGUCUACCCCUUCCUCGGCUACGAUGCCGCAUGCCACUUGGCCGAAGAAAUGCCCAACGCAAGCCGCAACGUCCCCAUCGCCAUGGUCGGCAGCGUCGUUGUCAACGGCAUCAUGGGCCUCGUCUACGGCACCGUCCUCCUCUUCUGCACGGGUCCCCUCGAUGCCCUCCUCUCAACCCCGACAGGGUUCCCCUUUAUGCAAAUCUUCAUGGACGUGACAAAGUCCUACGGCGGCGCGACCUUCAUGUCCCUCAUGAUCAUCCUCACUGCCGUGGCCGCCACCGUCGCCGGCAUCACGUCCACCUCGCGCACGCUGUGGGCUUUCGCCCGAGACAAGGCCACGCCGUACGAUCACUACCUCAGCAAGGUCAACAAGCGCCAGCAGAUCCCCGUCCACUCCGUCGUUCUCGUCACGGUCCUCCAGAUGCUGCUUGGGUUCAUCUACCUCGGUAACACGACCGCCUUCAAAGCGAUUCUGUCCAUGGCCAUCAUCGGAAUGUACUUGAGCUACAUCAUUCCCAUCGUGUACAUGCUGGUACACGGAAGGAAGAACUUGAGCCGUUCCGACUAUGGCCCAUUCAAGCUUGGUCCCGUCGUGGGACCCAUCUUGAACGUCAUCAGUCUAAUCUGGAUGACUGUGGUGAUCAUCUUCAGCACCUUACCCUCGGCGAUGCCGGUUACCCCGCAGAACAUGAACUACUCGAUUGUUGUAAUGGCUGGGUGGCUGACCUUCGGCGUGGUCUACUACAUCUCGUUUGGGCGGAAGAAGUUCGAGGUGCCGGCGGUUGAUAACGUUGUGACUGGGGUCUUCGUUCACACAGAAGUUGUAGUCUAA